UGUUCUGAUGACGCAACACGCUACAACGUAAUGACAUGUGCCCUUGGAUUGCGCGUGUGUCAAAUGGAACUGAACUGCGACAAAUGCUUAGUUAAACACAUUUUUCUCCAUGACUGAAAAAGCUACACAAACAUGGCAUUAAAUCAUCUAAGAAUUCUGCGUCCAGUGUUGUGCAGACUUCUGCCCAUCGCCACGAGAACCCCGCUGGUGGAUGCCUCAGGAGUCCCCUCUCCGCCCACUCUGAACUGUGCCGUGGUUCCGCCGAAUUAUGUUCGCCAUUAUGCCACAAAGAAGAGUAAAGCGAAGGCAAAAGCACAGACAGCCAAAGUGAACAUCAAUGCAACGUUGGUGGAGGACAUUAUCAGUCUGGAUGAGGUGAAGGAAGACAUGGCCGCCGUCUUGGCCACCCUGAAAGACGAGUUCAGCCGUAAUCUUAGCAUCCGCACCUCACCAGGUGCACUGGACCACAUUACAGUCACCACGAAGGAUGGCAAGUUUCCCCUUAACCAGCUGGGUCAGAUAUUCAUGAAGUCUCCACAGCUCCUUGUGGUCAACGUGACCGGCUUCCCUGAGGCCAUGGCAGCCGUCACCCGCGCUAUACAAGAGAGCAGCAUGGGACUCAAUCCGGAGGUUGAGGGCACCAUCAUCAGGGUGCCUAUUCCCAAGGUGACUCGAGAACACCGGGAGAAUCUGUCGAAACUGGCGAAGCAGUUCAGCAACAAGGCCAAGGACUCGCUGAGGAGAGUACGCUCCAAUGCUGUCAAUCAACUGAAGAAGUCCAAAGAGGGCGUCUCCGAAGACACUAUUCGCUUGAUAGAAAAACAGGUUCAACAAAUGGCAGACAGUUACGUGACAGACAUCGACAAACAGCUUGCAACUAAAACCAAGGAGUUACUUGGCUGACAACAACAAGGACAUCGCCUAUUUGUUUUCUGCCUCAAACAAAAGCUCUCGACUCCAAACAAAGAAGGAACAUUUAAUGACGGCAGUGAUGGAAGCACAAGUGCCGAAAGUGGUGUUUGUGUGUUUUUCUCGUGCGUAAACAAAUGUUAGCUUGGCACGUCAGGGGAAUACGCCGCUCAUUGCGUUCACAUCUUCAAACAAACAAACGGAGGACAAAUGAAGUUUUAAUGUGAUUUGGGUAACUCCUCCUAAUCAAAGCGAUGCCACAAACAGGGUGUUUAUGUAAAAAUCACUGCACUGAAUGUAAACUGUGGUCUAUACAGGAUGGUGAAAGUCACAGGGUGAGGAUUGAGUGCACACAAUAACAUUUCUUUUGUAUUUGCUAUAAAUAAAAUGCACCAGCUCACA